AGUACUACGGAGCUCUCCGCAGCUGUAUGGCACGGCACGGAUGAAAGUAUCGGCAGGACGCUCCGCUUCGCCUCCUUCCGAGGCUAUCUGCAGCAAUAUAUUUCAAUCUCUCCAUCCCGCUCUGACUUAUGAUCCCCCCUUCAUCUGAUCUAGAUCAUCAUGCAAUAUCAAAGUACUGCUAAGAGGCUCUCCGGAAGUCCACCGCCGUGAUCCAUUCUUCCAUUCGGAGAUUUGUUUGCUCGGAUGGAUCUAUUUUCGACCGAAUGUAUAUUUAACUUCAUUUUCAGCUGUGCUAUCCAAUAACUUCUCCAAGCAUGGAGUCGCGAUGCCGCGGAACUUCGGUCGCAAGGUCCAUAGACCUGAACUAGACGAGACCAUUCGCAUUUCAGUCUCUCAUCGUCCAAAUGGUUAAGAAGUACCAAGGUACAUUCAAUUUCCAAGGCUCAGCGUUCUCUCUAUCUUUGUCUUCGUUAUGCUUAUCACUACUGUCUUCGCGCUUCUCAGCUUCACCUCUUUUUGUGCUGCUCUUCCAACAGCAGAUGCUGCAGACGCGCAUCGAGAUGUGAAUCCUUUCGUUGGAAAACAUUACUUCGCCAAUUCCAAUUACGCGAACGAACUCAACCAGACUGUAGCAGCUUUCCUCGCUAAGAACGAUUCUCUGAACGCAGCAAGAACUCGCACAGUCCAGAAGACAGGAACUUUCGUACGGGUCACCACCGUCUCUGGCUUAAGUCUCAUCAAUCAGACUGUCUCUGAAGCCCGAAAAGAACAACGAAAAACGCACAAGAAGCAGAUCAUCGAGCUAGUUCUAUACAACCUCCCUGACCGAGACUGCUCUGCUGGAGAAUCCUCUGGGGAAUUCAGCCUUGCAAACAAUGGGCUGGAGUUGUACAAACAUUCGUUCGUUGAUCCGUAUGCUGCAACUCUGAAAGCAGCUUGGGAUCUUGACUUUGCUAUCAUUCUCGAGCCAGACAGUCUGGGGAACGUCAUCACGAACCAGAAUGUCCCACUGUGUGCGAAUGCUUCAUCCGCUUAUGAAGAAGGAAUUGCCUACGCCAUCGCUAAACUUCAAGCUCCCAAUAUCGCGUUGUACAUUGACGCAGCACACGGCGGAUGGUUGGGUUGGGAUGGUAAUCUGCCGUUGGCUGCUGCCGAAUUCUCCAAAGUCGUCACCCUAGCCUCAAACUUCACCGCCGGUGCCAAGAUCCGCGGUUUCUCAACAGACGUCUCAAACUACAACCCCUACAUUGCCAAUCCACGCGCAAACUACACCCAAUACUCCAACUCCUACGACGAACUGCACUACGCCGAAAGUCUCGCCCCGUACCUUACCAAUGUUUCUCUUCCCGCGCACUUCAUCAUUGAUCAAGGACGGAGCGGACUGCAGAAUACGAGGACGACGUGGGGAGAUUGGUGUAAUGUCGAAGCGGGAUUCGGGAUCCGACCUACGACGAACACGAACAGCAGUUUGGUGGAUAGUAUUGUGUGGGUGAAGCCGGGUGGGGAGUCGGAUGGUGCGUGUGGGCCGACGAUUGAUGGGGAGGCAGCGCCUGUUGCGGGGUUGUGGUGGGAGGCGUAUGUGGAGGCUUUGGUGAAGAAUGCUGAGCCGCCUUUGGCUCCUACUUGGGGGCGAGGGUGGCAUUGAGGGCUUGUGUAUGAGAUAUUGAUACAAUAUUUAAGGUGCAAGUUGCACAUUGGUUUUGGCUUUCUGGAAGAGUAGUAUCAAAUGCAGAUUGACGAGAGGGAAUGGAACUUACAAUACAAAUGGGUCACUUUGGAUCAGGGAAACCACUUCAGAAAGCUUGG